UCCUCUUAUAACCUGUGCUCUUACGAGCACGAUGCAUACUUCACGCGCUGUGGCUCUGGUAAAAAAUCUCCUCAUCCUAAGCCAGCUUUUUCCACUGGUGAAGACCAUAAAUACAAAAUUUUUACCAUGUGACACCAAUCUGAAUGAAACUAAAGUUGACUGCAGUGACAGACCACUCAAGCACGUCCCCUUCAUUAAGGCUACAUCUGUAGCUUACAUAGAUUUAAGCCGGACUAAGAUAAACCGAGUAUGGCCGCAUGCUUUCACAGGUGUCCCAAAUCUGCAUACUCUAAAGUUAUCGGGCAACUGUCAGCCGGGCAGUCCGAGAGCUCUGGAAGACAGGUCUUGCAGAGUGAAAGUCUCCAGGUAUGCUUUCAAGCCCCUACUAACACUGAAACAUCUGGAUUUGUCAGGAAACAGUCUUGCCUACAUACCAUGGUUACCAGCGAGCCUGGAAGUUCUUCAUCUAGAGAACAACCAGAUCUUCAACAUUAUCUACCCUCUAAACACUCCACAUCUCGAAAAGCUCUUCCUCAGCAAGAACUGCUUUUAUGCAAACCCGUGCAACCAGUCCUUUUACAUCAGUGAAAAGGUUUUCCAAGAGCUCCCCAAACUGAAAAACCUCACAUUAGGGUAUAAUAAUUUGACAGCUAUCCCUAAAGGACUGCCACUCUCACUGGAGAGUCUGGAUUUAAGAGAGAAUACAAUCACAGAAGUCUUAGAAAAAGCAUUUUUUAAAAUGACUGCCCUGGAGGACUUAAAUUUGGAGUGGAAUUGCCAACGUUGUGACCAUGCUGCAAGGCCCUGCUUUCCAUGCCCACAUAAUCAGUCUCUAAAGCUACAUUCAAACUCCUUUUAUUCUGAAAACAGCUCCAUUACCAUCCUAAGUUUGAGGGGAAACUCUCUGAAAACAUUUCCAAAGGACCUUUUCAGACCAUUGAAGAAACUGAAAAUAUUGGACCUCUCUGACAACCUCCUGGCACAUGCUAUGCAAAAUGGGACCUUCUUUAAAGAGCUAACAGGGGUCAAGUGGCUGAGCCUUAUCUAUAACUAUGAACCACUGAAGACUUUUCCAGAACUUAAUCUUUCCCCAUAUUUUAACAACAUGUCUGAUCUGCAAUAUCUUCUUCUGAGUGGCAACUUUUUCCUAAAAUUUUCUGGUGAAAGCGUUGAAGUCCUCUCCAAGUUAAAAAGUCUAAGAGUUAUAGAGCUGAGAAUGAAUUUCAUUAACACUUUUAAUAUGACAUUUGUCAAACAGUUACCCUCUCUAACUUCUGUUGACCUCUCCCAGAACAUGCUUAAUUUCCUUGAGUGCAGCUCAAUUUCACGACCUGGGACUGUGGAUGUAAACCUGUAUGCAGGCUCUCUUCAUAAUCAACCUCUCACUCUAAUGGAUAGAGACGUCACAUCUAGAAACAGUGUAUGGGAAACAGACCCAUUAAAUGCUUUGGAAAUGUUAGAAGACAGUGUGACAAAUAUCCCAACACUAUUGGGCUUCCAGCACCGAGCAGAUGUUCUGGACAAAAGAUUUCCAGUGAUUACAUCACUGUGGGACUUGAGAAAUUUUCAUUGCAAAAAUAAGCUGACAUUUGACCUGUCUCAGAAUGAUAUCGUGUACCUUAACAAACAUGUGGUUUCAGGCAUGGAGAAUGCCAUUUGUUUAGACCUUUCCUUCAAUUACAUGAACCAGGCACUAAGGGGUGGGGUGUUUGAAGGUAUGACACAUUUAGAGUUUCUUAAUUUGUCUUACAAUAGGCUUGAUCUUUAUUAUAACGAUGCUUUCAGGGAACUUAAUUCAUCUCUGAAGAUAUUAGAUAUCAGUAACAAUGACUUUCAUUUCAAUAUGAGGGGCAUGGGCCAUCGUUUUGAGUUCCUUGAAAAUUUGAAUCAAUUGGAAGCUCUAAGUCUGGCAAACAAUGCUAUUGGGAUGCGAAUCAACCAAAGGCUGAUCUGCAAUUCUUUGAAGUACUUUGACUUCUCUGGAAAUCACCUGAACAUCAUGUGGGACUCUGACAACAACAAGUACACUAAUUUCUUCCAGAACCUGACAAAUCUAACCUACCUGGACAUCUCCAACAACCAUUUAAAAUCGCUCUCAUCUGAAGUGCUGAGUAACCUCCCAAGUAGCCUUAGGGCUCUCAUCGUCAGCAGCAAUUCUCUAAACUAUUUCCCAUGGCUAAACAUCUCUGCACUUACCAGUUUACAUUACCUGAACCUGAAUCACAACUUCCUUUACAAACUGCCAAAUUAUGCAGUAAUAUUUGGAGUCAAUUUUACCUUCCUGGACCUCAGUCACAAUCGGCUCAGUUAUAUUCCUGAAGAUUUCUUUAAUAACGCAAAGUCCCUAAAACAUUUGUAUCUCAGUCACAAUCAGAUCAAAGAGUUGAACCGGGAGCAUCUUCCUGUCCUCUUUAAAAAUGGCACUCGCCUUGAGAAUCUCACCCUGCAUGCCAACCCCUUCAAAUGUGACUGCAAUACCUCCUGGCUUGCUGACUUCUUGAGUACUACACCGGUACACAUUCCUUAUCUGACCACAGAUGUACGGUGUGAAUUCCCAGAGUCUCAGCAGGGUGAGAGCAUACUGUCCAUGGACCAGCGUUCUUGCCAGGACAUAUAUGGUAGUGUAGCCUUUGUUGCCUGUUCAUUUAUGACUCUGGUGUUUACUGUUCUUCCUUUACUGAAGCACCUCUACGGCUGGGAUAUGUGGUAUUGCCUGCAAGUGCUCUGGGCUGGACACAAAGGCUACUCCCAGAUAGCUGGGACCGAUUCGCAUUAUCAAUAUGAUGCCUUUGUGGUGUUUGACACCAGUAACCAGGCUGUGAGGGACUGGGUUUACAACGAGUUAACUGUCAAUCUGGAGAACUCUGGUCACAGGAGGUUUUGUCUAUGCUUAGAAGAAAGGGACUGGAUUCCUGGGCUGUCAUGUAUAGAGAAUCUUCAUAAUGCAGUAUACAGGAGUGUGAAAACCAUUUUUGUGCUGUCCAGAGGUGUUAACGGAAAUGUGAAUGGUGUGAUCCGCCAGGCCUUCUUCAUGGUUCAACAGAGGCUUCUGGAUGAGAAGGUGGACGUAGCUGUGCUGGUUCUGAUGGAUAAGAUUUUUCCCAAACUGAAGUACCUUCAGCUGAGAAAACGAUUGUGCAGAAAGUCUGUGUUGUCAUGGCCGCAUCACCCAUGUGCUCAACCCCUUUUCUGGAAUCAAAUGAGAAUGGCGUUGUCAUCAGAUAACCUCAAAUUUUAUGACAACAACAUGAGUGAAAGUUUUAUAUAACCUACUUUUACAUGCUAGCAGAGACAAUCAUGACUUCAAAGAUCUUCCUCCUUCAUAUCGCUAAAUAUUAACAAACUUGACCUUCCAUUAACAUGCUGUCACAUACAUUUGGUUGGUGUUAUAAUUUUAUUAACUCUUCCAUAUAUAUGUUAUACAUAUUGUUCUUAUUCCUCUGUUGGUUUCUCUGGGACGUCAUUUGUUGUUAUUGUUAUUAUGAUCAUUUGGAUGUAUUAGCUUAAAUUUUCUUGAUUUGUUUUAUUUUCCUUUGCCGAAUCCAGUGGUUUACAACACCUGUAUUUGUAUUUGCAGAAAAUAAUAUCAGCUUUCCUUUCCGUUAUAUUUUGUCAGACGGAAGAACUUUUGAUUGCGUUUGUUUAGCAUCUUAACCUGUAAUUUACCCAUUUUAUUAUAUGUACUUUGCUCCACACGCUUAAAGUCAUUCAUUACUUUGUAUGCAAUCACGAUGCGGGGGCGACACAAUCCCAUGGCAUAUCUGCUAUAGGCUUGCGUGAAUGCACACACUUUGGUGUACUGCUUAUCAAAUAUAAUAUUUGUCUUCAGAGCACAUUCACGUUUGGGUUGCAACAGGGAGGAAAUGAAACCAGCACUUGUUGCAGGUUACAGAUCACUAAGGACUUCAUUAUCACCUACUUAAAUGAUCUAUUUUUUCUGUUUGUUUAAUGAGAAAACAAAAUCAUGUCAUGUUUUCA